AUGUCGUCGCUCUUCGGAUCCGGCUUCGGCCAAAACAACCAAGCCAACAAGCCCGCUGGCGGCGGCCUGUUCGGAGGAGCAGCUCCCAGCUCAGCCGGCGGGCAAACAGGCGGCGGUCUGUUUGGCGCCGCAACCCCCGCCACGUCGACCGGCCCAAGCCUCUUCGGCAAUCUUGGAGCCCCAAAGACCACUGCGCCCGCGUCUGGCGGCCUGUUUGGAUCCACCCUCGGCGGCCCCCAGACCCAGCAGCAGCAAACCACAACUGGCAACACGGGCGGAGGUCUACUUGGUGGCUUUGGUGGGCUCGGUGCUUCCACCGCGCAGCCCCAGUCCGGCGGUGGCUUGUUCGGGGGAUUGAACGCAAACAAUCAGCAGCCGGCACAGCAGCAGCAGCAGCAGCAGCAGCAGCAGCAGCAGCAGCCAUACCCGCUGAGCCAAACGCAGCAGCAGCCAGGCUCGCUUUCGCAGUCCCAGGCUGCCACAGGCCAGACCGCAUAUUUCGACCACUUACUCGAGCGCAGCAGGAAGAGGGCGGCACAGGAGAAUGGCACUUCGGCCUUUGGGGAUCUGCCCAGCUUGCAGCUUGGGCUCGGCGACAUCGCGAGGAAGGUCAGAAACCUUGGUCAAGGUGGCCCUUCCGCGCCGCUAGCGCGCGACAGCAAGGCACACUACCUGCUCGCCGCCUCGGGUGUCAACACAAGCUCCGCUCUGAAGGAUCUCAAUCAAUUCAGCGUCCAGGCCGGCGUAGGCACGCAGACCACAGUUCCUACCUCCGUGGACGUCGAUAUUGACGCUUAUAUCUCGAACCUCCACUCCCAAUCCACUUUGGCCAUGAUCGCCGAGGGCCUGGAGCAGUCCAAGAAAGACUUCGAUAAUUUCCUAGAGGACAACAUCCAAAUGGAAUGGGAUGCGCAACGCAAGCGAAUCUACGAGCACUUUGGCCUCGGUCGUCAAGUGGAGAACCUGGAGGCCAACGUGAGCGCUAUCGGUGCUCCAGUGGAGCGGGGAGCUUUCGGCCGCUCGAAGCGUAAGGGUCGUGGAUUUGGCGCUUCCGCCAGUGUUGCCGGAGUAUCAUACGGAGCUUCCGCUAUGCACAAGUCCGUCAUUGGCGCGCCUUCAGCAGUUGGUGGUGGACGCGCGAGUGGGUUUGCGGACAGCAACGGCCCCAGCUCUGCAACGUCCGUUCCUGAGAGUCGCUUCAUGAGGGACAAGCAGGAGAAGUAUGCGGCAAAGGUCAAAGAGUUGAACGUUUCGCGCCUCGAGGAAAGGCCUUACCCGGUCAUGGCUGAGUUUGCUGAGAUCGAGAAGUUGGCGCCCACCGACAACUCGAAUCGUCUCAUAGAUGCUUACAAUGCCCUGGUGGAGGUGAUCGGAGAGAGGUUGCCCGACGAAUCUAAUAGAAUUCCCCCGCCAAAGGAGCGCCAAUUUGCCCAAGACUACUUGGAUGAGACGCCGUCUUCUGGAAGGAGCAUCGCAAUGCGCAAGCGCAUCUUAGAUGGCAGCAGAAGUUUCCUGGAAAAGAAGUUCCUGGCCGACAUCAAGGAAAUGAACGCGAAGAACCCCACGGAGUCCAUGGUUGGAGGCGAGCCCACCCAAAUCAGCCAGAUUCGCGGCUUUAUCAGACUGCUCGUGGCCAGGAAAGAGCUUGCAGCAGACAGUAUCGAGCUCCAGAGCGUUGGUGAGGAUUUCUGCUGGGCUCUCAUUUUCUACUUGCUUCGUGCAGGUCUCGCCAGGGAAGCUCUUGACUAUGUUGCCGAGAACGAGCGUGCAAUCAGGAGUUUGGACCGUAACUUCCCCUCGUAUCUCGCGGCCUUUGUCAACAGCGAUGACAGGAGACUGCCGCCAGAGCUGCAGACUCGCAUCAACGCUGAGUACCAGAACCGCAUGCGGCUUGCUCCUGAGAACUCUCUCGACCCCUACCGCAUGGCAUGCUACAAGGUUGUUGGACGUUGUGAGCUCAGCCGGACUACUCUCGAAGGAAUCAGUAAGGGUAUGGAAGAUUGGGCGUGGCUGCAGUUCAGCCUAGCCAGGGAAGUCAAUCGUGCGGAGGAGGCUGCUGGCGAGACGUUUGCUCUCGACAACAUCAGGAGCACCGUUGCAGACAUCACCCAGAGGCAUUUCCAAGGCUCGGAUGCCAAUGCCCAGUACGGCGUGUGCUUUUUGUUGCACAUGCUUGCGGGCAUGUUCGAAGAAGGUGUCAACUUCCUCUACCAACAGAGUUACACUACCGCAGUGCACUUCGCAAUUGGCCUGUCUUACUACGGCUUGUUAAGAGUCGCCGACUUCUUCACGGCUGGAACCGACAUCAUGUCUUUCUCGACUCGAUCGAAGCCUCAGAUCAACUUCUGCCGUAUCAUCGGCCACUACACACGGGACUUCCGUGCUGCGAAGGCUGAAGCCGCGGCGGACUACCUUGUUCUCCUUAACCUCAACGCAGACCUCGAUGGCCAACUCGGGCAGUCACAAGCAGCAUGUUGCCAUGAAGCCCUGCGCGAGCUGGUGCUUGAGACGCGCGAGUUCGCUCUGCUUCUUGGUGACAUUCGCUCGGAUGGUACUCGUAUCACCGGCGUGAUUGAGUUCCGCCUUCGUCUCAUCGGGCUGUCUGACCAAGAAGACUUCCUCAAGAACAUUACCUUGCAAGCCGCUGCUGUGGCUGAUGAAGCCGGUCGCACAACCGACGCUGUGCUUCUGUACCACCUGGCUGAGGACUACGACAGUGUGAUCGCAAUAGUCAACCGUGCUCUGUCCGACGCUCUCGCCGUCGAUAUUGGCCAGAAGCCGCACAGACUGGAGCCCUUGAAGCCACGCGCGGCGGCAAAACGCCUCGAAGACGAGGCUGUCAGCAGUCUUAGCCUGACGGCAGUCGACGAUCCGGCGGAGCUAGCAAUGAACAUGAAUAAUCUGUACAGCGCAAAUGCGCUCAUGUACAACAAGGUGAAACAGCCCAACCGCACGGCCUUGACCAUGUUGUUGCAGGUUUCUAUUGCCAAGAGCCUUGUCGAGCAGGCCCACUGGGCCGGUGCUCUGGAUGCCAUUCACGAGACGACUUUGCUCCCCACUGGAAAGCAGUCCAACAUGCAGGAGAUUCGCCGGCACGCGCAGACAUUCAACGGCCUGCCCCCCGUCGUCGCCCGCCUGAUCGGACACUUGCUCAUGUGGACCAUCAUCUGCUGCGGCCGCCGGCGCGAGGAGCUGCGCCAGGCGAGCUUCGAGGCUACGGCCGCCAACAAGAACGUCGUCGAGCAGCUCGAGACGACGGCGAAGGACAUGAUGGUGUUCGCCGGCUUGGUGAGGUAUAAGCUGCCGCCGAGGGUGUUUGAGGCGUUGGCGAGGGCCGGACAGGAGAUCGGCGCGUAG